AUGUAAUAAUGCACUCGCAACGCCACAGCUCCCAGCGGGCGGGUAGGCCCAGACAAAACGCAUUUUUGCCAAAUUACUCACUGUUUGGGAUGCUUUGCACAAUUCCUCCCAACCUUGAAAGUACAUGUUGACUUCAGCCGCGAUGUUACCCCUUAAUAUGACUGUUUGUUAGUAUCUAAGAACGGUUUUAACCAAAAAAUUUUGCAGACGCUGUUCUUUUUUGAGCUAACGAGAGCGGACAAGGAAGUAAAUUUGCUACCGUGUUGGCUGCUCUGCGUGCGGCGGAAGCACCGCCAGCCGCACGGUCAUCACCAACAUGCUACGAAGAAAUCCGAAGACGUUCACCGUCCGCGUGACUACCAUGGAUGCUGAGCUUGAGUUCGGCAUAGACUGGAAAGCCACAGGGAGACAGCUCUUUGACAUGGUGUGCAGGACGAUUGGCCUGCGAGAGACUUGGUACUUUGGGCUCAGAUUCAUUGAUCACAAAGGCUACAUUAGCUGGCUGAAGAUGGACAAGAAAGUCCAGGAGCAGGGUGUGCCCAAGACUUCCCCCAUGCCCUUCCUCUUUGCUGCCAAGUUCUACCCAGAAGAGGUCAGCGAGGAGCUCAUCCAAGAGAUCACCCAGCACCUCUUCUUCCUGCAGGUCAAGCAGCAGAUCCUGAACGAGGAGAUUUAUUGUCCGCCAGAGGCUUCCGUACUCCUAGCUUCGUAUGCUGUGCAAGCUAAGUAUGGUGACUACGAGCAGAACGUACACCAGCCAGGAUUUCUAGCCAACGAAGAACUCCUGCCACAGCGAGUGGUAGAACAGUUUGAUAUGACAGCUGAAAUGUGGGAGGAGAGAAUUACUGCAUGGUAUGCCGAGCACCAAGGACUCAUGAGAGAUGAAGCGGAGAUAGAAUAUCUGAAAAUUGCACAAGAUCUAGAAAUGUACGGGGUCAACUAUUUUGAGAUUAAGAAUGAAAAGGGAACCAACUUGUAUCUGGGUGUAGAUGCCAUGGGGCUGAAUGUGUACGAGAUAGACAACAAGCUGAGCCCUAAGAUAUCAUUCCCCUGGAGCGAGAUAAGAAAUGUGUCCUACAAAGACAAGAAGUUCACAAUAAAGCCCAUUGAGAAGAAAUCGCCCGACUUCUGUUUUAUUUCUCCUCGGCUUAGACUCAAUAAAUUGAUACUGGAUCUGUGUGUGGGGAACCAUGAGCUGUUCAUGCAGCGACGGCGGAUGGAUACCAUGGAGGUGCAGCAGAUGAAAGCACAGGCCAAGGAGGAGAAAGCCAAGAGACAUAUUGAGAGACACAAAUUGAUGAGGGAGAGGGAAUUGAGAGAGCAAGCAGAGCGGGACAAGGAGGACAUGGAGAAACAGCUGGUGCACUUCAGGGAUGAGGCAAGACUUGCCCAUGAUGCCCUGAUGAGGUCGGAGGAGACAGCAGAACUUCUUGCUGAGAAAGCACAGGUUGCUGAGGAAGAAGCCAUGUUGCUGGCCCAGAAGGCUAACCAAGCUGAGACUGAGAUACAACGCAUCAGGCUCCAGGCUAUCAAGACAGAAGAAGAAAGAAGAGUGAUGGAGAUUAAAAAACGUGAUGCCGAAAUGUUUGCAUCGAGAUUAGUUGAGGAGUCCGACAGAAGGGCUAUAGAAGCAGAGAGAUUAAAGGAGCAGCUUGUUCGAGCCAGAGAGGCAGAGAAGAGUGCCAAGGAGAAACUCAUCCAAGUCACCAAGCUGCCGUUACUGGACUUGUCAUCGGCGCAGGUCAUAUCUAGUUCAGAGCUGGAGAGGUUGCACCUUGACGGAGACAAUGGGGUGGACAAUGAGACCCACUCCUUUGAACUGAUGACAGAUGGCGACGUGGAGAAACUUUCCAAAGAAAUUGAAAAAGAGAGAGUGGACUAUUUGGAGAAGAGUAGGCAUCUGCAGCUGCAGUUGAACGAGCUCAAGUCAGAGAUUGAGGUGAUGAAGGUGGAAGAGAAAGAGACGGAGCUGGACCGCAUCCACAAUGACCUCAUAGACAGAGGAGAAACCAAGUACAUCACGCUGUUCAGAAUCAAAUCUGGCACAACAAAGGCAAGGGUGGCAUUCUUUGAGGAACUCUAGGAAGCCGUCCCCAACAGGUUUGACAAAUGCAGAUAUACAUUGUAUUUUAUGAAAGUUUUGUAGGUUCAUAUUUUCUUAAAAGUUAUUCAAACUGACUGCUAAAGAGCUGGAGGAAAUGAUUACUGCAGCAGGUCGCCCUUGAUUCAUUUGUUAGGUCUCAAGAUCUUGCAACAUGAAUUAAAGGUUUGAGGUUGAAAUCCUGCUGGAGGCCUUUGAGUCCUCUGUCCAUGAGCAAGAUGCUUCACCUCCAUUGAUUCUGUGCAAGUGGAAAACUGGAAGUCUCUUUUGAUUUUGCUUGGAAGAAUGCCUCGAUGCUAUGAAUGAACUAAGAGAGGCAGUGGAAAUGCUGAGGAUUUGGGUUUGGAAUAAGGUGGAGUUUCAGGGAUUCUGGCUGAAAAUGGCAGAGUGUAGCACACAAACCCAGAACCAAAAAAGCAAGCACUUCUCCAUUUGUAAAUGGAAAAUUGCAGGAUUCAAGCCGUGAAAGGAAUUGAUCUUAAAAAAAGUGCACCGUUGAACUUCUUUCCUUGAAAGGCCAAUAGUGAUAUUGGCUGUUAGUGAUGGAUUCAGCUCUGUAAUCACGCAUGUCAAAGUACUUCUUGGACUGAGGUUACAAUUAGAUUGUACAUGCCAGUACCUAGUUCGACUUCAGCAAUGUGUAAAUUUUCUUGCUGGUGCUUUUCACAAAAUUCAGGUGCUUUUAGUAAGCUGUUAAUAUGUUUGAAUUAUAUGACUGAGAAACGUAUCUCCCUUUUUGUUGGUGUGCAAAUAUGACUACUUCCAUAAUGUCCAUUCAUCUUUUUUUUAGUGGGGGGGGCCCACUGGAAAUUUGUAGGGAGGCACGUGCCCCCCAUGGCGGAUACUUACCAGAGAAUUAGCCAUCAGUGGCAUUGUAUUCACCAAGUUUUUUUGAACCAGUGUUUCGUGUCUACGUAAGCAAGCUUGAUGUGCAGUACAAAGUCUUGCGUGCACAGUUAUGUAGCCUACCAAUACUCUGGCCAAGAGAAGGAAAUCAGUUUUCUCUUUGCUCCUGCUAUUAUGUGAAUUUUAGUUGAUGGGUAUGUCUUCCCAAAGUAAUAUUAAACCCUGGUCCCGUUUUCUGGGUGAAAAUUGUAGUGUAAUGAAAAAAUGGCUUCAGACCUGUCAGUGGUCCUUCUAGGCCAUGGUUUCGGGAAAUAUCUGACUGGAAGGAAAUGGAACAUGAAAAGAUCUUUAUUUUUGAAAGAAAAAAUCCUGUUUGCAUUUACUACUGGGCUAUUUUUCCUUGACAUGUGUUUGCAAUAAAAAAAUCUAAUUUAGGGAAAUGAAGAUUAUUCAAAUCAUGUUUGCCAAAUAUAACUUGUUUGAUGGUCUGAAGGUUCCCCAAAGUAAUGAUGUUCAAAAAAGACGGAGACAAUCUCAUAAGUUUGGAAGUACUUCUUGCAGUUGCUUUAUACUAAGUUUAUGCAGUUUAUUCAUGUUUUAUUUACAAAAAGACAUAUACAUAGACUACGUGUAGUAAACCAUAUUUAUGUACAUGAUUUUGCAAGGCAUUUGAGCCUGGCAUUGUGUAUUUAUUUUCAUAGCGUUGCCUUGAACCCUUAACAUUUUGGGACUUAAGGUCGUAAGCUAAUUACAAAAAAUUGGCAGAAAUUUUCCAAGCUGUUAGAGCAAAAUAUGCUCUUUUAAAUCAAGUAGGGAUGUCGUUGAAUGAAGACAUGCUGGUAUGUGCGUUAAGGGUCCAGGCGAUGAAAUUUUCUUAGACAAACUUUUUUGUGCAAGUUGGUACGCUGUUUCAGUGAUUGAAAACUGAUAUUCUUUAGGGCUGAAGAGAGCACUUAAAAUAUUUGUUUAAGACAACCAUAUUAUUCAGACAACAGAGGGCACUGCUACUGUGAUGCCAUUUGGGAAAGGCACUGCUCAGUGUACAGGUUUUCUGUUUGAAUGUGAACCCAGACAUUUGAUCAUUGAAAACUGAGAAACAGUAGCUUAUUGGCGUAAUGCCAUGUGUGCAAACAAGAAGUUGCCAAGGAAAUGGCAAUUUAUAGCCUCAAGAAUAAUGUAAAAAUUCCAGCAGUUAUUUUCUUGUUCAUUUUGUUGUGCAAAAAUCAAUGCAACAUUGAGGGUUUUUCCUCGAAUGACAUCACAGUGUUUCUGAAGAAUAUGAAAAUUUGCAUUAAAAUAAAAACCAAAAAGUCACCAAUAAUGUAUUCAACAUUGCCAAACAAAAAUUAACAACAUAAGCUUAAAUGAAACACAAAGGUUGCAUUUGAAGGAAAAAACUUGGAUCACAUAGACCCUGUAACAUUGAUAAAUACAUGUAGUAGGAGAACUAGGCCAAAGAUGUUGGUAUGGCUGACCAUGUGCCUUAGACACAGCCUAGAGAUGGCUUCCAGAGGUUUUUUCAUACUGUAAGGGUUGGAGAUUGCAAUUUCGCACUAAUGAUGGAAAUAUUUUCAGUAGCCAUCUGCUGUCCUCAUAUCUGGCUUUCUUUUAUUUGAUUCAAACGUCGUUUACUCAAAGGAAAUUACAGUUUGUGGAUUUCCCAGGUAAUCUCUCUUUAGUAUUUCCUUGGAAUUCCUCCCCCCCCCCAAAAAAAAGAUAAAGUUGAGGUUUAUUAAAGAAAGAAGUUGCACAUACGAAACCAGUUGUAAGGAAACUGCCUGGAUUGUUUUGUUGGAAUGUUUAUGGUGUUUGUUGUAUAAAGAAUGGGUACCUUUACCAAUAACUGGCAGUCUCGUAGCGACAUUUCAGCAUGCCUUUGUGCUUUGGUAAUAUGACUGAAAAUAUGUGAAAGAAAGUACAAAGGGGUAAAAUGCUGAGUAGCUGUUCCUCAUGCUAAAUGCACGGUAAUAGCUGACAUCUUGUAUUUAGCAUUGCCAUUGGAUUUUGUUAUCUACGUGUAGUUUGAAUUAUUUGAGUUGAGUAAAUUGUGUUGAGUUAGUGUCAUGGAAGUGACUUAAAAAGCACUGGAUUUUUCAACUUCUUUCUUGCCAACUAAAAUUGUAUAAAUACCUUAUUCGUAGAAAGUAUUCAAAUGGAAAAAUGCUGUCAUAUUCAAUAUCGGUAACAGGUCAAUUGUCACUUUCAAGAAAUUUGAUAUAUGUCAGUAGAAAAUUCAUGCACUUCACAUAUGAAUAUGCUGGUAUGUUCAUUUUGAUUUGCAAGUAGUUGAAAAGCUAAAUUUAUUUUCAUAGCAAUACUUUGUCAUUGCUUUUGAAUUGAAUUUCACCUACUUUUGUUGUAAUUUUCCACAAUUUUUGAAGUGACAUAAUGUUGCUUUGACAGUGCAUAAACUGUUUAGUAUGGUACUAAUAAUAAGACAAAGUUUGUAAUAAAAACUAAAUUUAUAUUUAUGAUACAA